AUGUCGUAUAUGCCACUGAAUGCCCCUGUCGACGGCGAGGAAGAGGUGAGGGAAACAGCGGAGUUGAAUAGAGAGGAAUGGACCAGUCGAUCUAAGGUCCCGGAGAAUCCGCGAGAUUCGCGCAUGACAACCGCCAUCAAGUGUACUGCUGUCGCUCUGCUUUUGAUAGGAUCUUUUGCCUUUGGCCAGAAAACAGCUGGUUUUGGGAAUAGUUCCGUCAAGGGAAUUGUGACGGAGCCCACAUCGCUUGGAACAUGUCCUCCAGAUUGGCAGGAAGCUAAAGAAGCGGGCUGCGUAUAUGACCUAGUGCUGUCGACCUGGAUGCAUCCCGGUUGUUUCAAUGUGGGAUUGCACGAGAAAUACAAAGGCAUACUGCGAGAUUUGGACUUUACAUAUUGGUUGGAGCCGGAGAUGAUUAACGAGGUCUCUCUCGAAGCUGUGGAAUCAGGCGAGCAUGGAUGGAUUUGGACAGAUGGUCGUUUCCAUCAUUUGCAUUGUGCAUACGUCAUGCAUCGAAUCCAUGAGGCGUCGAAGGAGAAGACGAAGGUUCUAGACACGCUAUGUAGGAGCGAGGAUCACAUCCAGCAUUGUUUGUGGUUCAACGGAAAUCCGGGAUGGGAAGAUGUCAAGGCACUUAACACUACAAGAAUCUUCAACGAAGAAUACCUCGUCGACUGUUUAAUCGGUUGA